AUUUUCUCUCUUUCUCUGUUUUUCUUUGUUCUCCAUCUUUUUGAUUACACUUUUUACUCUUUAAACCAUGGUUGGCGAUUGUUGUCUUAUUUUCAUCAUCAUCUUGUUGCCUCCUCUCGGCGUAUUCCUCAUGAAAGGAUGCACCGCUGAUUUCUGGAUCAAUAUUUGUUUGACCAUCCUCGGUUAUCUUCCAGGCCAUUUGCACGCUUUCUAUGUCAUGAUCAAGAAACGAGAACAACAAACCCCGUACGUCGCUGGCGGUGGCUAUACGGCUCCUCCUCCUGGUCAGGGCUAUGGUGCUGUGCCCCCGGCAUAAAGCCGAGACCCAUUGGCUCAUGUGUUUCAAAGACAUUUCUUAUACCUUUAAGAAUAUUGAUAUUUUAAUAAAUAAGUAUAUAAUGCAG